UGUCUAUCGUGUAUUGGCUACACUGAUUAGAAAGAUGAUGGAUUUUAUAUGGCAACUGGUUAAGGUGGGGAUAAAAGAUAGAACGGGCGAUAGAGAAGUGCAAAAUGCAAAAUUGUUUUUGUGGUUUUGUUCUUUAAAUAAUUUGGUAAUAUAAUUUUUUGUCCGGUAUCCGGUUAUUUUGUUCAUACUUCUCACAUUAUUGAGGAAUUUGUUAACUAUAUUUAACCGUUGUAUUAUCGAUUGAUUGAAAUGGUCGGGGUGAAUUACGUCAAUAGUGUCGUUUUAGUUCCAUUUUUAUGAUGACUAAGGCUUGUGAUAAAGGUAAGACAUUUUGAACAUAGCUCGAUAAUAUCGUUAACAUAACAUUGAGUGGGCAUUUGUCUACUAAAGAGCAUUUUAGUUGUAAAUUAAUUCACAUUAAAUUUGUUCUAAAUUCUUUUCAGUUUGCACAGGGAAACUAUUUAAAAUGUUAGUAAUUGUUAAAUUAUAAAAGAAAAGUUAAUUUAUCUAAUGAUUUUUCCUCCAUAGGUUACCGUUUUUUUGAAUGAUUGUUAGUACUUAUUAUUAGUAAUGGACGAAAAGCUAUUAAAUGAUUUGCUGGAGUGUUCAGUAUGUCUAGAACGCUUGGACACAUCAAGCAAAGUGUUGCCUUGUCAGCAUACAUUUUGCAAAAAAUGCCUAGAUGAAAUAGUAGCCACUCAUAAAGAUUUACGGUGUCCAGAGUGUCGAACACUUGUUGAGUGCCGAAUAGAUGAGCUGCCACCUAAUGUAUUACUCAUGCGGAUAUUGGAAGGGAUGAAGACUAAAAAUACAACCACAAUAUCACCACCAAAAAAACCUUCAGCUGUUGAAUGUUCAGAUCAAAGGCCACAAAAACCAUCUAAACAGGUUAUUAUUUCAUUAAAUUAUUGUUAUUUAUAAAAUACUAGGUACUUAAUUUACUUCUAUCUGUAACAUAACUAAAAAUAUGUUCAAAUUAAUAAUUAUAAACACACUCUUCUAUUGAUUGUUGAAUUUAUAAUAAUUAAGUAGUGUAAGUAACACUAUAGCAAAAUAAAAACAAAGAUAAGUGUAAUUUAUGUAUGAAGAAUAUCUACCCUAAUAAAAAAUAUUGUAAGCUUUGUAACUAUGGUUGAGUGACUUCAAUAAAUAAUUUCAAACUAAUUAAUUCAUUUAUUUGUUGAAGUAUAACUGGAAAAUACUAUAGGUUUUAGUUAUAGUUGAACAUUUUUACUAAUUUAAAAAGUGUUUCUGAAAAAAAUAUACAACAUUGUAAGAUAAAUAAAAUGCCUAUUAGUUAAAAGCUCUUUCAAUAUACUCAGAAUUUAAAAAAUAUUGGAAAACACACAUUCCUAUUUAUACAAUUCAACCAUGUAUCUAUUUAAUAUUAUUUAUUAAGUUUAUUUCAAUUAGUAAAUGGGUACUGUAUACUUUUUAGGUGCCAUAUCAACGUAAUAUGUUUGCAAGAGCAUUGUACGAUUACUCUUCCAAAGAAUCUGGGUAACUAUUUAAAUUCAUAAUGUAUGAACAUUUUAUAUUUAAUUCAGUUUCUAACUUAAAAAAAAGUAGUUAUGUCUUAUUUAACCAAUGUAUUAUUUGUUUAGAGAUUUAAAUUUUAAAAAGGGAGAUAUGAUCAUAUUACGACAAAAAGUUGAUUCUAAUUGGUAUCAAGGAGAAGCGAAUGGAGUAAUUGGUAUUUUUCCUUUAUCAUAUGUACAGGUUAGUUAAUUUUCAAAUAUUUAAUAUUUUGAUAUAGAUAUAGUGGCAGGAAUAAUAAAAACAAAUUUUAUUGAUUUUAAACUAUAUUCAAUGUAUAAAUAAAUCAUUCAAGAAUAUAUGUUGUGCGAAAAACUGCAUAAUUUUCUUGUGUUUUUUUAGUAAAUAUCUAGAUAGUAAUAAUAUGUUGUUAUAUUAUUUGGACAGUAUAUUACUUUUAUAAACAGGAGUUAUGUUAUUAAAUUAAAAAUAAAUAACUUGAAGUAUUUUAUUUUUUUUAGUUCAGAAAAAAAUAUUACCUUUAAUAUUUUUGAGGGGUAGUUUUUUAAAUCUACUUUAGUGUCAUGGGAAAUUAAAAGAGUGUUUAAAUUUAAAAAGUGAACUGGUUUCCAAAAAUACAUUUUUAUCUACCUUUAAUAAUAUUUCUUUAUGUCCAAAUUAUAUAAUUUUAGUUCAUUUAUAUUUGUUGAUAUAUCUUGUAUAAAUAGGUAUACUUCAUAAUUUGAAGUUUAAAAAAGACAGAUAUACUUCACAUGAUGGGUGGGCCACUGUUGUAAGUUAGAAAUUGUGAAAAAAGGGGAAAUUUAAUGUAUAUCUGUACUCAAAAAUUAGUCAUUGAUUACGAAAAACAAUUCUAAACCGAGUUCAGUUAUAGAUGUUGUUUAGAAAGGCCAUAAUAUUUACGAUUUGAAAAUAAUACAUUUUGUAGAUUUUCCCUUUAACCUGGUUUUUUCUAUUUAUUAUAAAAACCCUGAGAAAAUCAAAAAAUGAUAUAUCUAAAGUACUACCCCAGUCAGAUUUCCUUUAUAAAAAAGUGCUAUACUUGAAAAUUGGAGCAAAAUUUCUGGUUUAGAAAUUCACAAAAAAAACUUAAAAUCAAUACAUUUUUUUUAACUUUGUUCAGAAUCUCAAAUUAAUAAUGUUAUUCACUUUAUAAAGUAACUGCAUACAAAUUGAUCAUUAUAUAUUUUAUAGCAGUAUUUCAAGUUACAAUUUUUAAUAUUUUUCACCCAUUUGCAAUUAAAUAAUAAACAUUUGACCUCUUUGUCAAUUAGUUUUCCAUUUACCUAACAAUUUUAAAUUAAAUAAAUUGAUAGCUUGAGUAGAAUCUUUCUUUAAAUUCAUUAUUGUAUUUGUAUAGAAAACACUUGUGAGAAUAGAAUCUAAUAUUAUACAGUGUGAUCACGAUUUAAGGUAACACUAAAUAUCUUUGGUGAAUGACCUUGUAUUGAAAUGGGGUUUCCGGGAGGUGAUAGGGAGUACCUAAAUACAUAUUUUCAAAUUUGUAAAACUUUUGGUAUGCGCAUGCGCAAUACAACUUACAUUUUUUUAAAUGGAAACACUAUUUUUUUCUACAUAUUCGGAUAGAUUAUUUUUUAUUUUUUGUAUUCAAAGUUUUUUUCUAUUUAUAAAACUGACCAAGUUAGAGUAAUUCAAAAUUUGGAUUUCUGUAUAAUUCGUGUUUAAUGAAAUUUUUAUUUAAAACCACUGGAAAUAUUAAAAUAAUUGUGAAAUAAUUAAACAUUAUUUUUAGUGUAUGAUAUUUCAUCAACUGUAUUAAUUAAAUGUAAUACAAAAUAGUUAUAAUGGUAAUAUUAAUAUUAAUAUUAUAAUAAAAAAUAAAAUGUAUUAAAUAAAUUAUGUUCUAAACAUGAUUCAAGUAGUCUCAAAAAUUCAGUCGAAGUUGCCGCCUUGAUUUACUCCUCACUUAAAAUAUCACAUGCUGUCUGAAGAUUGACAGGUGGAUUUGCAUAAACCACAGUCUUCAAAUAUCCCCAUUAAAAAAAAAUCUAGUGUCGUCAAAUCUGAGGAUCGUGCAGGCCAAGGAACGACGCCAUAAGUACCAAUCCAGCGGUUUGGAAAUAUUUAAUUUAAAUAUCGUCUAACAAUAAUUGCAUUGUGAGCUAGUCCUCCAUCUUGCUGGAAAAACAUACGGUUCCGUGUGUCUGAUGAAACAUCAUCCAACAGUCUUGGUAGUUCGUUGGUUAAGAAAUUGAGAUAUAGUCUGCCAUUAAGCGUACCAUCGUAAAAGAACGGUUCUAUUAGCUUUCCAUCAACUAACCUAUAUCAUACAUUAAUUCCCCAAACCGUUUGAAAAUUAGUUUCACAUGACCAGUGUGGGUUUGUGUCAUCAAAGCAUCGAUGAUUUUGUUUAUUCAUAAAGCCAUUGUUAGUGAGUUUUGAUUCAUCCCUCCAAAGAAUAUGAUUGACAAUUAAAGGGUUAUCAUACAAUUUAAUAUAGAACCAAGCUGUACAUUCUAACCUACGAAUAGAAUCUCUUGCACACAAAUGUUGGCCAAAAUCGAUUUUAUAUGGGUGCAUUUUGUGUUUUUUUAGAAUUUUUUGAACAUAACCAUAUGAAACUCCAAUUUCGCGAGCAACAUGCCUAAUUGACGAACGUGGAUUACCUCUUAUGUAUGCUAGUACCUGUAAUUCUGUAUCGUCAUCAAACAUAUUUGCUCUACGCCUUUGUUAAAUUAUUUGUCUGCCAAGAAAUCUUCCUUCCUCUUUUAACCCUUUUAAAAGUCGUAAAACAUAAUUAUAAGGUGGAUGGUACCUUUCUGGGUAUCGUUCAGCAUACUUCAUAGCAGCUAGGCGUACAUUACGUUGACAUUCGCCAUAAAUUAAAACCAAUUCAACUUUUUCAGCAUUAUUCAUAUUUAAAAAAUUAUAAUUUAUAGGAGCACUUAAUAACCAGACAUCCACAGAUAACGCACACACUUUAGAACAGGUCUAGUUACAGAAUAAAACUAAAAUUAUAAUUUAAAUCAGACUUAAAUGCCUUAUUAUCUAAUUAUCUUAUCGUUAUUAGAGCUAUUGUAAAAUAAAAUAAAAUUUCACUAUAAAAUAAGUUAAAAUUGUAAUCUUAUUAUUACAGUUUACUGAACAAAAAUUAUUACAUAUUCGAGAUAUUCAUUCUAGUGACCAACAGUAUUUUUAAAUUAUUAUUUGUAAACAGAAAAAGUAAAUUGAACAUUUAUUUCACAAUUAUUUUAGUAUUUCCAGUGGUUAUAAAUGAAAAUUUUAUUAAACACGAAUUAAAAAAAAAAAUAGUGUUUCCGUUUAAAAAAAUGUAAGUUGUAUUGCGCUUGAGCAUACCAAAAGUGUUACAAAUUUGAAAUUUAUUUGAAAAUAUGUAAUUAGGUACUCCCUAUCACCUCCCGAAAACCCCAUUUCAAUACAAGGUCAUUCACCAAAGAUAUUUAGUAUUACCUUAAAUCGUGAUCACAUUGUAUACAUAAAAAAAAAAACGCAAUAAGAUCAGGAUUUCGUUACUAAAGUCCAAUUUUCCCCCACCUAUUUUGUGUUGUAGGAAUAUUCUUUAUAAAUAAUCAGAUAUUUUAAUAAUUAGAUAUAUUAUGAAUCCUGAUUUUUAAGGUUGAACUGAACUGAACUAAAUUUUUAAAAAGUAAAAAGAUUAAGUUAGGUUAACCUUUACAACCUUUAUUAAUUUAUAAUUAUGAGAAAAAAUAGAACUUUUAUUUUUCAUAACAAGGCCGCUCUAUCCUACCACAGAACAUUAUGACCGCAGAAUCUGCAUCAAAUGAUUUUCUAACCAAAUUAUUGGAUAUUUGAUUCAGUUUGAUUAUUUGCAAUUUUAAUUUUGAUUUUUGAACCGUUCAUUACAUUAUAAUACAAUACUACUAUUCUCUAAAGAUUUUGAUUAAAUUUGAUUUAUUUUUUUUGUCAUUUUGGUAUUGUUUGAGCUUCAUUUUAGCACUAUUUUAAAAUUACAACUCCCUUUCCCUUUUAAACACAGAUUUGAAUAAAGAAUAUUUUUCUAACCAUUUUCAUAUUCAUAACCCUUCUAUCAAAUUUACUGCAUUUUAUAAAUACAUAUCAUUGCAAAUUUGCAUUCAGUAGGAACAAUUUUUGCUAUUAUUUUUGAUUCUGAGUGUAGUGAAGAAUAUAUUAAUUUUACAAUGAUUUUUUUAUAAAUAUAUAUACUGUGACAAAAAUAUCUACUAGAAACCUUAAUUUGGUAUGUAAGUGUCUGUCGCACCAUUUCUAAUGAAAUUUUGUCUAGAUGGUAUUUUGGGAAGGAUAUUUUCUGAUUUUUCAAGUGGUUUUCAUAAUAUUUGGAAAACUGAAUAAAACUUAAGAAAAACAGGAACAUUUACAAAAAUAAUGCUUUUAUUAUUUCCAAUUUUAUUUUUUGUUGCAAUUCAAUUUAAAAUAUUUGUAUGGACUUGAAUUUAGGCACAAAAUGUAUGUUUUCUUUUUAUAGAAGUGGUAAAAUGUUGAAAUAUUUUUUAGCUAUUUAUGGACAUUUUAAUUUUGCAAAUUUCGUAAGUCUUUUUUUAUUUGGUAGGUACUCUAUAAUAAAAUUGUUAGACUAAACUGAAAUUAUUGAAAAUUUAACAGGAUGUUUUGAAAUUCUGAUAUUAUUUGUGUUAAAUAACUCAACAUUGUCAGUUGUGUAGUAUGUGUAUAGUGGUGGUACAUACAUACCUAUUGUCAUCCUAGAUAUCAAAAGUUCAAAUUUUAAUUAAAAUAUACCCCUUGAUUUUUUGUGCAAACUUUCCUACCAGCAAUUUUACUCUGAUGUGUGUAUCAAGUGUAGCACCUUUCUGAAAAGAAAUUUUAUUUACACAGUAAUUGAGAGGCCAUUUUAUAAUUUUUCAAGCGGUCUUCAUAAUACCUGGGGAAAACCUGAAAAAAAUAUCAAAAAAACAAGAAAAUUUACAAAAAUAAUCCUUUUUAAUUUAGCUAAAAUUAUAAAAUUGUAUAAUAAGAAAAUAUUUUUAAUAACUAAUGAAACAAUAUCUAUUUACUGUGUAAUUUCAUUUAAUCGAUAUAUUUCCGAAUCAUUUUUCAUUAGCAAUGAUUUAUCUUUGCUUACAGGUAUACACUAAAUUCCGCUCCAUACCUUACCUUCCUAGCUUUUUAUCUAUAACAAUGGUCCACCCAUCGUGCAAAGUAUAUUCGUCUUUUUAAUAUUUGAGUGAAAUGACCUAUUAUGAAAUUUCUUAAGACACUAUCUAUAUUUUAAAUGCCUGGGGUUUCUUUUUACAUAGUUAAAUCUUUAAGCAAAUUAAAAUGUGUAGAUAAGAAAAUCACAUCCUCUUAAGUACUCAAAUCGUUGAUUUUCAAAGAAAAUCAGUAAUUCAAUUAUUUAUUUAUGACACAAGACUAUUUUUACCAUUUAAUGUAAGUGUACAUAAAAUAACAGUUUUAGUGUUCAUCAAUUCUGUUUGUAUUGAUUGAAUUAAUUUAUAAAUUUAUUAAUUAUUUUCUGUUAACAUUAGGUUUUUCCAACAUCACUUCCUAGUCAUAUACCACAAUGUAAAGCAUUAUAUGAUUUUAAAAUGAACAAAGAGGAUGAUGAAGGGUGUUUAUCAUUUUCAAAAGUAAUUGAUUAUAAUUUUAUAUUAAAAUUUUUUUUAAAAAAAAAGUUAAUUAUCUUAUUAAAUAUUUAAUAACAGUUGUUUAUUUCCUAGGGGGAUGUAAUAACAGUUAUGAAGCGGGUUGAUCAAAAUUGGGCAGAAGGAAAAAUUGGCAAUCGAAUUGGUAUAUUUCCUCUAUCGUUUGUUGACUUAAAUCAAAUUGCUCGUGCAUUAAUGAAACUCUCUAGGUAAGUAUUUUAAAUAUAUCAAAAAUGUGUAAGUCGUAAUUUGUUUUUAAUUUUAUUUAGUUCACAACCAAUUCAAAGUAGAAUUGCUCCCCCUACCCCUGAAGAAGCUCCUAUAUUAUCAUAUGAAGCAUCGGGUAUUUCUCAAUCACCUAACACCAAACAUAACGUAUCAGAUGAAGCAAAAACUGCAUCAGAUAAUAUAAAGGGAAUUGGUGAAAAUAUUUCAUCGCCAUCUUCUACAGCUACCCCAUCUCCAAAUACUACUUCUCCAUCAGAUACUUUAUCCAGUUCAUCAAGUCAUUCGCCUUCACAUGCUGCUUUUGUUGAUGUCGCUACAAAUCGUUCUUUACCAACAUCUAAUCCAGAUCCACCUAAACGUCAUAGUUUUACAAAUGGUGUUGGGCCUGUUUCAUUAGCUCCGCAUUUACCAGAAAACAAAAGGCAAGUUAAAAAUUAUUUAAAAAUAUUUCUUCAAAUCUGAUAGCUAGAAAUUAUUUAAAGUAUUGUGUUUCAUCAAUGACAGUGGUAGCAAAACUUUUUUACCGCAGGCCAUAAAAAAAAAAAAAAUUGGCGGACCUGAAAUUUGAAAUUUGCGUUUAAACUGUAGUCAUUAGAAUUUUAGGUAUAGGUAUGUAAUUACAUAUUUAAUGACGUUUUAAAUCUACUUACUCAUUUUAAUGGCUUUAUUUAAUCCUUUAUUAAUUUACUUAAUUAUAUCUACAAAUAAAAAUGUAUAUUUAUUUAAAGUAUACAAAAUAUCAAUUUACACUUACAAAAAAUAUUUUUAAAUUUAUUUAUUUGUUAAUGUGAAUUAUGAGCUUGUUUCUGUUGACAGGCGACAUCAAUAUUAGGUUCUAAUUUCAUAGAAUUUACCUGGUACUGGCAUGAAGAUAUUCAUUUGUAAUUCAAGAUUAAGUUUUAUUUUUAUAGAUUUUCAUUGUUGUAAAAAUACUUGUUUACAAAUAUGUGUUGAACCAAAUAUACAACACUUCUUAGCUGCAAACUUCUGAACAUUUGGGAAACCUUUAAACAUAUUUGAAUAAAUUGAACAACAUUUUCAGAGCUUGAAAAAUUAUUAAAUGUAGUUUUUAAAUAAUUAUUAAAUUGGAGUUCUAUAAUUUCUAAUUGUAAAAAAGCUUCACCAAUAUCGGGAUUUAUAUUAAUUGGAUUUUAAAAUAGAUUUAUAUAAGUUUUUCAUUUGAUCAAAUGUCUUUAAAACAAUUUUCAAAUUCAUGAAUAGCACGUUUAUAAUUUUUAUAAGAAGUAAUUUUGGAAAUAUACCAAAUCUUCUGUUUUUAUAGUAGUAAAACAUUCAAAAUGAGAGAAAUCAAAUUCUUCAAUUUGAUUUAGGAAUAAAGAUAAUUUAUUUUGGAAAGCUUUUACUGAAUCAAACAUAGUACUAAUGAGGUUUUCUUUUCCUUGUAAUUUUAGAUUUAACAAAUUCAAAUGAUUUGUUAUAUCUGUAAAUAUUGCUUAAUCUCAAAGCCAUUUAUCAUCUUUUAAUUGUGAAUAUUGUUUAUAUUUUUUAGGUAAAAAAUUGUUUCGACAUUUUUUUUUUUUACUUGGCCUUCGUACAUUACUAUGGUAUAUAACAUCUUUAUACUCAGACUCUAUUUCUGAUAGAAAAUUUUGAAAUUGAUGAUGAUUCAAUCCAAAUGAUCUUAUAAAAUUAAUAAUUUGUACAAUAGACAUAACAUUUUUUAAAUCUAAAACUUUCCCACCUAAUGCUUGUUGGUAAACAAUGCAAUGAACUCCAAUUGGCGGAGAAAAAUUUAGUUCAGACAUUUUUGAAUUUAUUCUUGCAAUAAGUUCACCCUUAAAGCCUAUCAUAAUUUUUGCACUGUCUAAAGUAACACUAACAAUAUUUUCAAAAUUAAGACCUAGUUUUUCGAAUGUAUUUUAUAAAGCUUUGAUUAUAUCUUCUCCUGUUACCACUCAAACUCUCCAACACUCCCAACUCUUCUGUUAUUUCAAAAUUUGCAUUCACAUCUCGUAAAAAAAUUAGGAGUUGUACCGUAUUUUUCAUAUCUGAACUCUCAUCCAGUGCUAUUGAAAAAUAUUAAAAUGUUGUAAUUUGUCUUGCACUUGUUCAAAAAGAUUAAGUCUAAGAUUCUAUUCUUCUAGUUAUUGUUUUGCGUGACAAACUAACUUGUUCAAACAUUUUUUUUUAGGAUAUAUUUCAUCAAUAACAUGUAGCAUACACUUCUUAACAAAUUCUCCCUUAAAAAAAGAUUUACUUUCUUUGAUUAUUAAUUGAGCGACCAGAUAACUAGCACGGACAGAAGACACAUUUUGUUCACAUUGUUUCUUAAAUAUAUUUUGUUGAAAAUUAUGAUUUUUUUUCUACAUAUUAUACACAUACCUUUAUUUUGCCAUUCUAUAAAAAAGUAAUAGUCUUCCUACUGAUUUUUAAAAAUUCAAAAUUUUGAAUCAAUUUUUCUUUUUUUUUUUUUAAACAUAAUGAACUUUCACAAUACAUAACGACAACGUAAUAACAACACUAAUUUUAUAUUAGUGAUGUCCUGACGGCAGACGAAUAAUGACUGUGUGCUCGUACAGAACAAUUUUAUUACGUAUUGUUGAUACGGUAAUAUUAUUUAUAUUAUAAAUGACGUUGUGACAAAAACGCUACGGCACAGCAAUACAGGAUUUUGAACCUGUUCUAGACUAUGAGCCAUUUCCAUUUAUCCGAUUAACAACGUAAAUGUCAAUAAGCAAUUAAAAAAACUAGGAAAUAUUUAAUUAUAUUUUAAUACAUUAUUUUAAAUAUGAAUAAUGUAUUUUUUUUUUUUUUUUUUACGUAAAAGUAAAAUAUUAUAGAUACGCAAAUAAGUGCUGUAAUGUAGAAUACUUUCGCGUGCCAAAUAAUAAAUGAUGGUGGGCCGGAGUUGGCCACUGCUGAUCUAUGAUAUAAUUCUUAGAUAGUAUCCAUGGUCUUUCAUUCCAUUCUAGUGCAUAUUAUGUUAUAUUUCAUUUAUACAUAACAUGUUUCUUUCCCUUUCCAAUUUCUUAGUUGUGCCUUUAGGCACUAAAAUGUUCUUUUGUAUUGUAUAUGACUAUAGUGACCUCCUAUAUUUAUAAAAUUGAGUUUAUUGUUAAUAUGCAAGUCUCAUAAAUAACCUCAACAAUUUACUCAUGUGUGUUGUAGACAUUCAGCUGAGAUUUUAUCACAAGAUGAUAUUGCUGUUUUUUCCAGUCCAAAUGCUAAUUUAGAAAUACCAUCUAAUCAGGUAAAUUAUAUUGUAUUAAUUGUACUGAUUUAAUUAUUAUGCAUGCAGUAUUUAAAAAAUUAAAAUGAAUGAUUUAUUUUUUUAUAUAUAUAUUAUUUAAAUAAUAAUAAUAUCACUUUAUAAUAUUAUAAUACUAAAUAAUCUCUGUAAUCCGACUCAUUUUUUUUUUUUUUUUAUGUAUAACAUAUAAUGUGAUCAAUUUUAAAAUUUAGUUCUCAGAAAGGAUAAGAGUUACUGAAAUACAUAUUUUAUAAUAAAUUUUAUUAACACUUCUUUUAAACAGUUUUUUUUCAAGCUAUUUUGAUCUACACAAUUUGUUUUAUUUUUUUUAAAAAAGUUUAAUAACUUCAGUAUAAGUAUUUUUUGAAUUUUAUAACCAUUUUAUGGGGAAAAUAAUAGUAAUUACAGGUUAAUCAUACACAUAUGGGUGUACUAAAAAGUAACCCAACUGAUAUUUUAGGAGGGUGCUAAGGUUUUGUAGUAUCAGGUUUAUGCCGGUAGGGGCAUGUAAAAGUAUUUUUUACCAGUGUUAUAUACACCCUAUGUUUUGUUUACACUCUGUAUAAUUUAUGGUAUAAUGUAUAAUAUUAUAUUUAAUAAUCUGUUGCGUCUGCGCCUGAAUACAAUCAAUAUGGGAAUGUCCAGGCCUGUAGGUUUCUCGUGGACUCAGCCGGUUUCACUGGCUGUCCAGGGGACGGGCUUCUAAAGGUGAUAGAGCCUAAGUCAGUCGGAGUCUAGACAAAUGAACAAACAACCAUCAGAGCAUUCAUUCAUUCAUUUUUACUUUAAUUAUUAUUUAAUUUUUAAUAAAGUGAUUUUUUUAUAAAUAUAAGUUGUUCACUUUCAUUUAACAAAAAUUAAAAAUAACGUACAUUGAAUUCAUACAUUCCCAAUCAAUAUGCUAACUGUCAUUAUUGUAGAACAUUUUUUUUCUGUUAAUGUAAAUUUUUUUUCUAAUUGUUUGUUUUGCGUGUUUAUCAUUUUUAGCUAAUUUUUGUAAACAACACUCAGCCGUAAAAUUUUACUUUUCCUGCUUGGGAUAACUGACAUUUCUUGAAGAGUUUAGUAUAGAGAAUUUUAAGUGAAGAUUAGGGGAUGAGAAAGGUAGUUGCAUAAUUAGUUCUUUAACAACCCUUUCUCUGUAUUGAUUUUUUACCAAAAAUGAUAUAACCACUGUGCCCCACCCACCCUGUACACCCGAUCUUGCCACCUACGACUUGUUUACCUCGUGUUGUUGAAGUAAUGAAAAUAACAACAGUCUCUGUCAGGCAUUAUUAAAGAGACAUUUUUAAAUGAUUUUAACAGUAGAAUAAAAGAUUGGUCAAGUACAUUAACUCCAAUGGAGAGUACUUGAAAGAGAUAACAUGUAUUUUGUAGAUUAAUUAAAUAAAUAAUAUUGUACAAAAUAUAUUAUGGUUUCUUUUGUGUAUUCUCGCAUGCAUAAUGUUAACAUAAAAUUAAUACUUAAAAUAUAUACAUUACCUAGGUUAAUGCAGGAUAAAGUAUAAAUAACAAUUUACUUUUUUAUGGUUGUUAGUUUUGAUUAUUUCGUAUUAAUAUAUUGUUUAUUGUAGUAAAAUUUUACCUUGAUAUAUAUUUUAUUUUAGGCUAAUGGAAUGAAAGAUUCUAAACUUCAUCGUCAUGGAAGUCUUAGAAGUCACUCUAGACCAAUAGUUAACCAAAGCCUGAGAUCUAAAGUACCUCUUCAUCUACCAGCAAAGUGAGUUUUUAAAUUAUUAAAUUGUUACAAUUAUUUCAGGACGAUUAGAAAUAAUACAAAUAUGUUAUAUGAAAAACAGAAUGGUUUUUAAAUGAAACCACUAUUCUUAGGUUAUUUUACGUUUAUUCUUAACAUAUUCACAUAAAUACUAAAAUAAAUACUUGUUGAUAUUUUAUUUACAAUUCUUAUACUAAUAGACAUGUCAUCAUAUUAUUACAUUUCCAUCAAGAUUUAAGGCUUUUGGAGCCGGUUUUCCAUAUUUUAGAAUAUUUUUUUUCUCAAAAUCGUUUAUUAUAUUUGAAUUACCACCUUAAAGAUAAACCUUUUCACUUAUCUACUACCUGAUAACACUUAGGGUAUAGAGGUAUGGCUAUUGUUACAAAUAAAAUUGACUUCAUAUGAAAAAUGUAUGCCUCGUAGAACGCUUCAAUUUUAAUUUUACAACUCAUUGAACUUUGAUUUUGGAUUAAUCUGUAUGUUAUGUCAGAAAAAGGUUAAAAAAUAACAAAAAUUGAAAUUUUUUAGAUGUUUAAUACAAUUUCUGUAAAUUAAAGUUGAAUACUUUCAGUAAAAGUUCUUCCUCUUUCAAAUAAAUAAAAAAGGUUUGAGAGUUUUCCCGCAGGGCAUGUUUUUUUAGAAAAUAAACAGUAGCUCUGACAGCCUAAACACUAAAAGGUAUGGUUUUGUUACUGCAAUUGACUUCACUGUUUCUUAAGACACAUUUACAGUUGACUACAGAUUUCAGCAGCUUCUAGCCACAUUGCCACAGUUCACUUCAAUAACAAAACCAUAGUUUAAGUGUUGGCAUAUUAAAUGUUUUGGUUGUUGUGUAAAUUUCACGAUAUCUAAUUUUAUUUUUAAUUAAAGGCACGUUGCUUUAUACCCAUAUAAACCUCAAAAAGGUGAUGAGCUUGAAUUAAAACGUGGACAGUUGUAUAUGGUUACUGAAUGCUGUCAGGAUGGUUGGUAUAAAGGGACUUCAUUGAAAACUAAUUGUUCUGGUGUAUUUCCUGGAAACUAUGUGACACCUGCAAAGUAAAAUCUUAUUACUUAAUGUGCAUUUUUUUAAAAAAACAAAACGCUAAUUAUUAAUAUUUAUUAGAAUAUCUGUACGUUUGCAAAGUGGCAAAUCAAAUUCUAAUUCAUCAUCAGUUCACGAACAAAAAGAAAAUAAUUCAUCAUUUAAUGGCCAAGGAAAUGGUAAAAUAUACUUAUAUUGAUUUUCGUAAUUAUAAUAAUUUAAUUUGUAUUUUAGUAUUAAUAAAUGUAUAAUUACUAAAUAUUAUAUUUAAUUUAAAAUUUGAUUGUGUAUUUAUUAUUAUUUGUGUAGAAAGUUUUCAAAGUGAAAUAGAUGAAAGUUUACCCUUAUAUCCACCACCUGAACUUCCACCACGUAGCAGUAGUCCUUCUGUACACAGUCGUGUAUCUAGUUGGUUAUCUGAAAUGCCGUCAACAUCUUCUCGUAUUCGAUCAGCACCUACUCACAGUGUAAAAUCUAUGUGUUGCAAUACAGGUAUAAUAAUAUUAUUAAUACUUAAUGUAAGUUAUAUAUUAUUUAAAUAUACAUUUUUCAUUGAUAGCUUCAUCAAAUUCAGUUAAACCUAUAUCUACUUCACAUGAUAGAGAUCAAAUUGCUGCUGGUGCCUCUGCUUCAUCCACUGCUUCUCCAUCACAUUCCAUAAGUCCAGAAAAUGUAAACAUAUUAUAGACAUUAAAUCCUAUGGCCAUUAAAGUAAUAAAAUAUUCUUUUGUUAUUCUAGUUGGCUCAAAAACGAGUAAGGAAAAAAUGUUUUCUUACAAAUUCAGUGAUGCGUAGUUUUUCCAAUAUAAAAAUUAGAAAAUCUCCUCCCCCUGUGUAUUCUAUGGAUAAUCCUGUAUUUGAUGAUAAUUCGUCCAAUAAUGCUGUAGUUGCAUCAUCUCAACCUCCAGUUCACACUAGGUAAGAAGAUGAUACAUAUUAAGUAAUACCUAAUAUUUUUGUUGAGUGUAUGGCUGUCAGUCACGCUUUAUUAUUGUUUUAUGUACAUAGCACUUACUUUUGUGUUAUUGCUUUUGCAUGAUUCAUUUAAGAUCUGAUUCUUGUCCAUCAAAAUUAUUGAACGUAGAUGUUAUACAAAGAACCCAUGAUCAACUUCCAUUAAAAGUCAGAGGAAACCAUAAUUUUAAAAGGUGAGGAAAGAAUAUUAUGUUAAGAAUGGAAGCUUAUAUUUUAUUUUUAAUAACAUAAUUUAAUGGGGUAUAUUAUAAAAUUGUAAUACUUUGCUAAGAUCAUUAUUAUAAAAAUAAAAUAUCAGUUUUUACUACUUCUCAGCUGAUUUAUGUUACCAAAUUUUAGAUUCUGAAAAGAGCAAGGAAACAUGUUUCAAAAAAAAAAAUUGUUUGCACUAUCAAAAAAUACUCUACAUUUCAUAUAGUUUUCCUAUUUAUCUUGAAAAACAAGAAUUUUUUUUACCUAACAUUAAUUUUUACAUUAACCAAAUUGAAUGUUAUUAUAUACAAUUAACUUCCUAAUUUCUUUACAAAUUUUAAAAUAUUUCAAAUGUUUAUUAAGUUUGUCUACUAUGAUUUUUAUUUCCAUGGUUAGUAAUAUUGUUUAUUUUGUACUAAUAUUAGUCAGUUCAGAUUUACCAAUGAUAUGUCAGUUGAAUAUAUCAAGUCCGAUAAAUCAUAUUUAAAAUUGAUAUAUAAUUUUAACUAUAAUUUUAAUUUUAACUAAGAUUUACUUAUAUUUCUUAUUUGACUUCAAAGUAUUUGUUGAUUGCAGAAAAUCCAUAUGUAAAUCAGGGGUAGACUUAUUGAGAGGAAAUGAAAAAAAUAAAAAAAAUACCAUUUGUUUUUAAUAAUUAUUUAUUAUAUUUUUAUUAAUCUAUUUUUGAAAUGUGAUCCUAUAAUUAUCAUAUGGUUUAAAUCCCCAAAUCUCCCCCUGCAUUUUCCAUUUUCCAUAUGUUUUUAUAUAAAUAUAUAGAAAAAAAUCAUUAUUUUGCUAAAUAUUUUAAUAUACUAAAAUUUAUUUUAUUAUUCAUUUCUUAAAUUAUAGCUAUUUAAUAUUAUCUCCUUAAUUGUAUAGACUUUAAAUAAAAAUAUUAUUUUAUUUAAAAUUUAAAAAUAUUUGUUUUGAUUUGUAUAUGAUUAGUUUUGAAUUUAGUUUUGAGUACACAGUUUGUGCAGAAAUACUUAUAAGAACAAUAUAUGUAAUUUAAAUGUUUAAUAACCUGAAUUGUCUAUACAAAAUAAACAUUUUAACCAUACUUAUUGCUAAUAUUUGAAAUUAAAAUGUUAUUCAAUUUUUAGUGAACCACAAUCAAAUGGAUCAUCAGUUUUAAUACAUCAUCGUAAAUCACAUAGUUUAGAUACAAAUAAAGGAGUUUCUGUAGAUAUUAAGCCACACGAUCGAAAAAUAAAACAAAAUUCCCAGCAAACUAUGUAAGUUAAAGUAAAGUAAUUUAUUAGUAUUAGUUAUAUAGCUUAUAUGAUAAAUUACAUUUUCAGGUGUAGGUGUAUUGUUGCAUAUCCACCAAAUAGUGAGUAUGAACUAGAACUCCGAGUUGGAGAUAUUUUAUAUGUUCAUAAGAUUAGGCAAGAUGGGUGGUACAGGGGAACAUUAUUAAGAACUGGAAAAAGUGGAUUAUUUCCAUCAAGUUUUGUUGAAAAAAUCUAAUGAUUUUUGUAUCACCAUACCAACUGACUAGUUAUGUUAAGAAUUUUAGUCUCUGUUAACUUAACUAUUAGAAUGCUUAGUUAUUUACUAUGAUACAAUUAUCUCAGAAUUUGUAUACCACAAUUGUAUCAAUGGUGUAGUAAACAUUUUUACUCUCAUAACUUAUUUAUGUCCUGUAAUUAUUGAUGACUGCCUCAGUUAAAUUUAUUUCUAUGUCUUUUUAAAACUCAACAAAUAACAUUUUUCGUUCAUACAAAUUAUUAUUUUAUUUUAAAUUUCUAAUAAAUAUUUUAAAUAAAAUCCUUUUAGAUUGUCUUUCCUAUUAAUUUGUAUUGUGUUUAAUAUAAAAUUCUGACUACAUGAAUUUUUCAAUUAUAAAUUUAUUUUAGUAUUAAUCGAAAAGUACAAUUUUUUUUCAUUUUUACAGUACAUACUAAUACAAAAGACUAAUGUAAAUUGUAUCUAAUCAAAUGCUUAUUUUAGUAAAGGAAUAUAAAAACAUACUUCAAUUUCAACAUACCUCUAUAAAAUGUUGUAAGUUAUUUAUGUUUUUUGUUUGUAUUAUGUUUAUUGAGAUUUUUCAAAAAUAAAAACAUUUAAUUGAUAUAUUAUCAUAAGAUUGUGAAAUAACAAUGUAUUUCAUUAUUUGUCAGAUCAAAGACUUAACUAUUAGAUAUGAGUUAAGUGUUUUCAUGAAAUUGUUGUUUUUUUUUUCUUUUUCCAUACAUUUUAUUUGUAUUUAAAGCCGUUAUUGUUAACAAAUUACUUUUUAGCUAACAUUUUGAGAACAAUAUUAUUUUUUCUUUAACUAAGAAAUAUUCAGUCAGUUUUGUGAGUUACUCAAAUGUUACUAAAAUAAAAAGAAAUAAAAAAUAAUAUUAACUAUUUUUUAUUAAACUAACAAUAUGUUUUUUAUGUGAUUCCAACUAGUAACCAAAAUUAUUAUUGUUUAUUUAAAAAUGUAUACUUCAUUUUAUUGUUGUGUGCAGUUUACUUAGAAUAAGUAUUAGAUUAUAAGGAACUUAAAAAUAUAUAUAUAUUUUUUUUUUUUAAAGAAAAAAAAAACAAAUCCUUUUUUUACUUGAAUAUUUGUUAAAACAACAAUGGACCAUAAGACCAUAGGCCACACAAUGUUUUAUAAAGUAUUUCAAUUUUUAUAUGAAAAAAUUUAAAAGUAAACAUAUGUUGUGGUAAAAAUAAAAUUAUGAUUUAACUGGUAAAUCCUAGAUUUUAACAAUCACUGUUGCUAAUUGUGUUAGAAAUUCAGACUUCUACUUAUUGAUUUUGACACAACUUAUGAUAUACAAAUUUGUUGAACCCCAAAUGAAAAGUUAUAAUAGUUUAUUAUAGUUUGAGAUAUUUGAUUAUAGGAUUAUGAUUAAUCUUAGGAUAAACAAUCAAAGGUUUAAUAAAAUAAUUUUGUUUCAUAUAUGUAUAUAUAACAUUUCUGGUGUUUUUUUCUUUCUUUGUUUGCAUGUUAUUAUUUACAAAAAAAAACCUGAAAAUUAUCAUUAUUGUAAAUUACUCUAAAAUGCAUAUUCAUAAUUUGAAUAUCUACGAAGAGUAGUAUUCAUACUUUACCAUAACAUAUAUUGUACAUAAUAUGUUUUUUUUAGCUUGAUAGAAUACAAAAUAAAAUAAUUUACAAGGGAUUAAUCAUUUUAUAAUGCUGUGUUAAACGUUUAUUAGUAUUAUGUGUACGCAAAUCAAUUGUUUUACUGGUUAUGAAAUUCAGCAAAAUAUUAAUGUUUUCCCUCAGAUUGAAAGUAACUAUAAUUGUGUGGCCAAAACUACUAUUUAAUCAAAAAACAAAUGUGUUAAUUUAAAUUUGUUAUUGAUUUUAAAUAUUUGUCAUUACUGUGUUUUAUAUUUAAUUAUAACUUAGUUGUCUUAAAUGGUUGUAUUUAUAAAUAUUCAAUUUUAUAGAUUGAUUUACUAAAGAAAUUUAAAUUAAAUGUUACAAUGUUAAAAAUAAAACCUCAAUUAUUUGAUUUUAGAGACUUAUUAAUCACUCAUCUAGAGCUAUUAUUUUAUUAUAAGUUAAUAAAUAUUUUAUAGAUUUUAAAGUUAAUAAAAUCACUAUAUUUUCAAUUAUUUUAUUCAAAUUUGAUCUAUAUUUAACAACUUUAUUGCUACUUUAAUAUUGUGAUAUUAUUACUAUAACUUCUAUUUAAAACCUCUUGCUGUACAAUUCAUUAUAAUUUCCUUUCCUAAUCAUUGUUAUGUAAUUUUUAUUUAUUACAAUUUAUUGUAAUAAAAACUAUUGUGAAUUUUACAAAAUUUAAUUGUUCAAAAUUAUUUCAGUAUUUAAUGCAUUAUUAAUAUAUCUAUACUAUUUAUUAUCUUUAGAGUGUUAAGUAAAUUAAUAAUAUCUAUUAGUAAAUGUGAAGUACAAUAUUUUAUAGUUAAAAAAAGUAGUAACUGAUUAAUUUAUAAUAAAAUAAUUGCUCUAUAAUUAAUUAGAAUUAAAAACUAUUUUAGUGUGCUUAAUAUGAAUUAUUAUUUUAGUUUAAUUAAUAUUGUUGGAAUGCAAUAAUAACCAACAGACUGUUCUUGAUCAAUUUUCUAGUUAAACAAUAUUUAAAUUAAAACUAAUUAGAAUACAAAAUAUGUUAGUGUAGUUAAACUAAUAUGAUUAUAUCCUUUGUUUUUUUUUUUUUAUAUGUAUAACAUUAUGGCUUAAAAUUGUUCAUGUAUUAGUACAUAAAGGUUUGUGAUUUAUAUUAUGAUAUAUAAUAAAUAAUAUGUUAUAAUAAUUAUAACCAUUACUGGUUAACUUAACCAUUGCUGAUCAAAAUAAUCA